AUAAAGAAUUUGAUGAGCCAGCUGGGAACCAAGCAGGAUUCCAGCAAGCUUCAGGAGAACUUACAACAGCUACAGCACUCUGCAAACCGCCUGGCCAAGGAGACCAAUGAGUAUCUGAAGGAGUUGGGGUCUCUGCCACUCCCUCUGUCUGCUUCUGAACAGCGCCAGCAGAGGCUUCAGAAAGAACGUUUAAUGAAUGACUUCUCCACGGCCUUAAACAACUUCCAGGCAGUGCAGAGGCGAGUGUCAGAGAAGGAAAAAGAGACCGUAGCAAGGGCAAGAGCUGGCUCCCGUAUCUCUGCUGAUGAGCGAAAGAGUCAGACUUUCUUUCCAUCUCUUUCCAGUGGCGAAGACUGGAAUCAAAUGCAGUCUCAGGAAGAAGAUGUGGCAAUAACUGAACAGGACCUUGAACUCAUUAAAGAAAGAGAAUCAGCAAUCAGGCAAUUAGAGGCAGACAUUUUGGAUGUCAAUCAGAUAUUUAAGGACUUAGCCAUGAUGAUUCAUGAUCAAGGAGAUAUGAUUGAUAGCAUAGAGGCAAAUGUGGAAAGUGCAGAAGUCCAUGUGGAAAGAGCCAGUGAGCAGUUACAGAGAGCUGCCUAUUAUCAGAAGAAAUCCCGUAAGAAGAUCUGUAUCCUGAUUCUUGGCCUUGCUGUGGCUUCUAUAAUCAUAGGACUCCUUAUCUGGUGGAUAUCAAAAUGAAAUCUUCACAUGGAACCUAGUCUGAUUGCUGAGACUGUUUUCCCUCAGAGCUAACAGGCUGACUAGUCUCGGAAAUGAACUGAGAGCACAAGCUGGAACUACUUCUAGUAAUAGAUAUUAGCAACUAAUGUGCAGAUAACUAGUAUUUGGAGUUAGUGAACCAUGGAGACGGUAUUUAUCAGUUUAUAUACAAAUUAUCUUGUUUUAUGUAACUAAAAUCUCGUGGGUUUGCUUUCUGUAAUGUAUUAUUCCCUGUCCCAACUGUAUGCUGAAGUGUGAUCAAUAAUUGGAGAUGUCUCGUUUUUGACAAGUGGCACAACUUUAAUGUUUGUCUGUACAGGUAACUUUGUUGGACUGGAAUACGAAUGACAUUCAAAGAGGGCACAACACUGAUUCACAUCACCUUAAUCCAGCAGUUUCUAAAGCCUCCAGUCUCUGCCCCAUGGUUGUAUCAGUCUCCAGGUGGCUAUGGUUCUAGGUUCUCUUGAAGAGAAAGAUGUUGUUACAGAUUUGAAGGGCACAGAGAAGUAUGUGUGGGUGGAACCACUCCGUGC